AUGAGCACCGCUAUCGCUUUAAAGCAACAACAAGAAGACUCAAAGUCAGGUCAUGUUAGUACACUUACAAAAGAACAAGCUGAAUUAUUGCGUAUAUGCUAUGCUAAUAUGUUUGUUAUUUAUGGAAUAAUUCAAAGCGAACAAUUUCAAAAUUAUGGUUCUAAAUCUCAGGACAAAAUUAAAAAUGGGUAUAAGAAUAAAAAUUCAAAUGGAACAAAAUCAAAUAAUGAUAAAUAUAAUGAAUCUGCAGAAUUUAUAUCUGCUAUGGAAAUGUACAGUCCGGAAGAUUUACGUAAAGCGUUUUGGAUAUUAACUGGAGCUGACGAUCCCGAUAUUUUAUUAUUACGAUUUCUUAGAGCUAGAAAAUGGGAUGUUGAGAAAGCUAUUAUUAUGUUAAUAUCAACUUUAAAAUGGCGAUUACAAUUUGAUGUAAAUAACAUUAUUAAAGGGGGUGAAUUAGGCAUGGAAAAAUAUUUUGCUGAAAAAGGAGUUAAAGGAUUGUCAAUUCAAUUUACGAGUGGAAAGAGUUUUGUCAGAGGAACUGAUAAAGAAGGUAGACCAAUAACUUAUGUAAAUGUUAAGGCUCAUAAGAAAGAUGAACAAAAUUUAGAGGUUCUUCAAAUGUUUACAAUUUAUGUUAUGGAAACUGUUCGCUUGAUGAUUCAACCUCCAAUUGAGACAGGCUGUCUCAUAUUUAAUAUGGAAGGAUUCAGUUUAGCUAAUAUGGAUUUACAAUAUGUUAAAUUCAUGAUUCAAUGUUUUGAAGCAUAUUAUCCAGAAAGUUUAGGAAUUUUACUUAUUCACAAAGCUCCAUGGGUUUUUCCUCAAGUGUGGAAACUUAUAACGCCAUUACUUGAUCCAGUUGUGGCAUCAAAAAUUCAAUUUACUAAAACCGACCAGGAUCUUAAGAAUUUCAUACCACAAGAACAUAUUAUUGAAGAGUUAGGUGGUGGAGACAAAUGGAAAUACGAAUAUAUACCCCCUACAGAAGAAGACAAUUAUAAAAUGAAAGAUGAAAUAAAGAAAAAAGAAUUAAUGGAAAUAAGGACAAAAUUGGAGCAUGAUUUCGAAAAUAUAAAUAAAAAAUGGAUAGAAGGUCCUGAUGAUGAACAAAUCAUUAAUGAAAGGAAUCAAUUAAAAGCUAGAUUAAGAAAAGCUCAAUUAGAUUUAGAUCCUUACAUAAGACCUAAAACUUAUUAUCAUCGUAUUGGUAUACUUGAUGAUGAAAGAAAUGUUAAUUGGAACUAUAAUAAUUAA